CGCACGCACGUAUACACAACGCGCGCGCAGACACACACACGCACUCACUCACACACACACCGAUAGCACCCCACCUCCGUCUAAGUAUUUAGCGGGCUGUCUGGGGGUAGGAGGUCAGAAAGUGCUUUUAUCAACUCAGCACCGAUGACACGCAGGCACACGGACGAGUCUGCAUCUUGACCACCGGCUGAGCCGAUGAAACGAGAGUGUUGGACAGUCUCGGGGAACACGUGGAGAAGACGCCUUCACAUCCCUUAAGCACAUCGGGGUCUCUUUCUCCACCCUCCUCCCUCCUCCUCCUCUUCAAGGAGCCUUGUGGAUUUCACUCGAGAAGAUGGCGAAGGCUGGAUCCUUCGCGCUUUUUUCAGGCAUGCUGUUUUUUAAUGGGCUGAUUUUGGCCACGCCAUCUCAUUUUCUCUACAACGGAGCUGAGAGAGCUGCAGGUGACCCGCUGGUUGUGAACAUCACAACGAGUGACUACAACUGGUACGUGGGGAUGGAGAACGUGACGCUCUACUGCCAGGCCUGCCCUUCCUCCCCGUGGACAAAUUACACGUGGAUCAGUGACGCGGUCAACUUCGCCUCGGAAGUCGACUUGAACUGCAACAUCAUUCGCUUCCUCCGUCCCCUCACGGAGCUGGACGCAGGCAAAUACUCAUGCAUCAUUGAUGAAGGCAACGGCAACAGCAGCAGCGCCACCAUUGAGAUCUCCUUCGAGGAGCUGUCGACGGUCACUGAAGGGGUCACGGAGCUGUCGACCUUCACCGAAACGAUGACGGUCACGGAGCUGUCGACGUUCACCGAAACGAUGACGGUCACAGAGCCUUCGUCGACGGUGGUCACGGAAGAAGUCACGGAGUCGUCGACGGUGGCAGUGACGGACACAGAACCAGCAACGAGCACUGAACCGAUGACCAUCACAGAAACAAUAACAGUCACCGAUGUGAACACAGAGCCAGCGACAGUCACCGAACCAGUAACAGGCACGGGUACAGCCACUAACCCAAUAACAGACUCAGAAAUAGUAACAAUGACAGAACAAGUAACAGUAACCGGUACAGAAACUAACCCGAUAACAUUCACGGAAUCAGUAACAUUUACGGAACCAGAAACCGGCACAGGUACCGUCACCAAUCCAGUAACAGACACGGGCACAGUCAGUAACCCAGCAACAGACACCGGUACAGUCACCGACCCAGUAACAGACACCGCUACAGUCACCAAUCCAGAAACAGACACCGCUACAGUCACGGGCACAGUCACCAAUCCAGAAACAGACACCGCUACAGUCACCAAUCCAGUAACAGACACCGCUACAGUCACCAAUCCAGUAACAAACACCGCUACAAUCACUAACCCAGUAACAGGCACGGGACAAACACAAACGAGCGAUUCUAACACAUCUCAAGAAACGUCCAAGAACACAAGAUCUCAAGAAACAACCAGUUACAUCCCAACUCAAGCACCAUCUGGACCUACUCCUGGUGACCCCCUGUUUGUGACCAUCACAACGAGUGACUACAACUGGUACGUGGGGAUGCAGAACGUGACGCUCUACUGCAAGGCCUGCCCUUCCUCCCCGUGGACAAAUUACACGUGGAUCAGUGACGCGGUCAACUUUGCCUCGGGAGUCGACUUGAACUGCAACAUCAUUCGCUUCCUCCGUCCCCUUACGGAGCUGGACGCAGGCAACUACUCAUGCAUCGUUGACGGAGGCAGCGCCACCAUUGAGAUCUCCUUCGAGGAGCUGUCGACGGUCACUGAAGGGGUCACGGAGCUGUCGACCUUCACCGAAACGAUGACGGUCACGGAGCUGUCGACCUUCACCGAAACGAUGACGGUCACGGAGCUGUCGACCUUCACCGAAACGAUGACGGUCACGGAGCCGUCGUCAACGGUGGUCACGGACGUUGUGACGGACACGGAACCGGCAACGACCACUGAACCGAUGACCAUCACAGAAACAAUAACAGUCACUGAUGUGAACACAGAGACAGCGACAGUCACCAAACCAGUAACAGGCACGGGUACAGCCACUAACCCAAUAACAGACACGGGCACAGUCAGUAACCCAGCAACAGACACCGCUACAGUCACCUACCCAGUAACAGACACCGGUACAGUCACCGAUCCAGUAACAGACACGGGCACAGUCAGUAACCCAGUAACGGACACGGGUACAGUUACUAACCCAGUAACCGGCACCGGUACAGUUACUAACCCAGAAACAGGCACUGGUACAGUCACCGACCCAGUAACAAACACGGCUACAGUGACUAACCCAGUAACAGACACGGGCACAGUCAGUAACCCAGCAACAGACACCGGUACAGUUACUAACCCAGAAACAAACACUGGUACAGUCACUAACCCAGUAACAAACACGGCUACAGUGACUAACCCAGUAACAGACACGGGCACAGUCAGUAACCCAGCAACAGACACCGGUACAGUUACUAACCCAGUAACAAACACUGGUACAGUCACUAACCCAGUAACAAACACGGCUACAGUGACUAACCCAGUAACAGACACGGGCACAGUCAGUAACCCAGCAACAGACACUGGUACAGUUACUAACCCAGUAACAGACACUGGUACAGUGACUAACCCAGUAACAGACACUGGUACAGUGACUAACCCAGUAACAGACACUGGUACAGUGACUAACCCAGUAACAGACACUGGUACAGUGACUAACCCAGUAACAGACACUGGUACAGUGACUAACCCAGUAACAGACACUGGUACAGUCACUAACCCAGUAACAAACACGGCUACAGUGACUAACCCAGUAACAGACACUGGUACAGUGACUAACCCAGUAACAGACACUGGUACAGUGACUAACCCAGGAACAGACACCGGUACAGUGACUAACCCAGUAACAGGCACUGGUACAGUGACUAACCCAGUAACAGACACUGGUACAGUGACUAACCCAGUAACAGACACUGGUACAGUUACUAACCCAAUAAUAGACACGAGCACAGUGACUAACCCAGUAACAGGCACGGGCACAGUUACUAACCCAAUAAUAGGCACGAGCACAGUGACUAACCCAGUAACAGGCACCGGCACAGUGACUAACCCAGUAACAGGCACAGGUACAGUCACCAAUCCAGUAACCGGCACCGGUACAGUCACCAAUCCAGUAACCGGCACCGGUACAGUCACUAACCCAAUAACAAACACGGGAACAGUCAGUAACCCAGUAACAGGCACUGGUACAAUGACUAACCCAGUAACAGACACUGGUACAGUGACUAACCCAGUAACAGGCACUGGUACAGUGACUAACCCAGUAACUGGCACCGGUACAGUGACUAACCCAGUAACAGGCACCGGCACAGUCACUAACCCAGUAACAAACACGGGCACAGUCACUAACCCAGUAACAAACACGGGCACAGUCAGUAACCCAGUAACAGGCACAGGUACAGUCACCAACCCAAUAAUAGACACGAGCAGAGUUACUAACCCAGAAACAGGCACAGGUACCGUCACCAAUCCAGUAACAGACACGGGCACAGUCAGUAACCCAGCAACAGACACCGGUACAGUCCCCGACCCAGAAACAGGCACUGGUACAGUCCCCGACUCAGAAACAGGCACAGGUACCGUCACCAAUCCAGGAACAGACACGGGCACAGUCACUAGCCCAGUAACAGACACAGAAGAAACACAAACGAGCGAUUUUAACACAUCCCCUCAAGAAACGUCCGAGAACACAGAAUCUCAAGAAACAACCAGUUACGUCACAACUCAAGCACCUGAACCUACUACUGGGUUCCCGCUGUGGGCCCUCAUCCUUCUCACGACCCUCGUCCCGGUCCUCCUGCUCAGCGUAGUGGGAGCCAUCAUCUAUUAAUCCACGAGCAUUGCAGCACGAACGACUCCCACUCCUCGAGCAGCGAUACUGAGCAUGGCCAUUCAAGCUCCGACUCGUCUAGCUCCGACUCGUCCAGCGACUCCGACUCCGACUCCGAGAUGAAGAUGGAGGACAUCCAACAGAUGUACACAAACUUCAACAAAUUCCAGGACUGAGGAACCCGGCGGCCAUCAUCCCCAUCCCCCUCCCCGAGGGGGGUAGGUCUCCUGCCUCUGCCGAGCCGAGCCGCGUUCACACCACGGCGGCGGGGGGGGGGGGGGGGUACCCCCCAGAAAUCUUACAUCGCCUAUGUCAGCUCAGGGCUCCCCUGAACCACGUGGCUCCUGUGUGGUCACCCCCUCCACCACCGCCUCAACUCGGAACCC